AUGCGAGUCUCUUCCGAAGGACUGGAUCUGGAACCUGCCGUAUAUCUCAGAGAAGGAAGUGAUUUGAUGACGCAGUUACGAGACCAACUUAUCAUGCUUCCGGAAAUUGAGGAACUGAUCCCAGAGUGUGACAUCGACGAAGCAAAUGCCGGGGUCCCGGGGGUCACAACUCCAGAGAUAGAAGCUAAGAUGAGAGGGAUACUGAAACGCCAUCGCAACAUCUUCCUGGGAGACGGUAAUGCAGCUCCGGCUCCGGCAAGAGGCGUAGUGUGCGACAUCAACGUCGGUGAAGCAAAACCAGUGUCUUUACGUGCGAGGCAGAUUGCCACACCUUUCAUGGUGAAGGUGUUUGAGAUCUUGAAGAAGUUGGUAGAGGCAGAGCUCAUCGAGCAUUCAGAAUCCGAGUGGUCGUCACCUAUUGUGAUCGUGCUGAAGAAAAACGGCAUAGGUAUCAGAAUGUGUAUUGACUACCGACUUCUGAAUUUGUUCAUCAAGCUAUCCCGCUAUCCCCUAUAUUUGAUUGAUGACCUGCUGGUAGACUUCAAAUCUGCGAUGUGGUUUAUGUGUCUCGACAUGGCGAGUGGAUUCUGGGCGGUGCGAAUGACGGACCUGAUCUCUGCGUUCGUCUGCCCGUUCGGCCACUUUCAAUGGCUCAGAAUGCCUCUUGGAUAUAAUAAUGCACUGUUAAAUUAUCAGAGCAUCAUCAACAACUUUCUGUGGGGAUUCGUUCGUCUACCUCCUGAAGAAGAAGCGAUGGUGGACCCAGCAGUUCUGGAGUUUCUGAAUCUCGAGCCUCAAGAAGCUCUGAAACCCGAAGUGGAUAUGCGGAACUCAGAGAUUCCUUCAUUGGACCUGACUGUAUUCUGA